CAUUUUCAUUAGACAGGUUGGCUUAUCAACUCGAAUGAAUUAAAACAGAAAAUGUAUGGUGAUACGUAUUAAGAACAGUUGCAUGACACCACUGUGUUUGCUAUCAUGAGCCUCACCAGAUGCCUGCUGUCACAGACAGAGAUUAAAGAAUUUAUAAAGCAGUGUAUGCUCGCAGUGGGCACUAAAGCCAGUCAUGCCAGCAGCCUAGCAGAUGUGCUAGUGGAGGGAGACUUGCGUGGCCACUACAGCCAUGGACUCAACCGCAUGGAUUUGUAUAUAAAGGAGAUCCAGGGAGGAAUCUGUGCAAAGGAGGGUGAGCCGGUGGUGGAAAAAGAGUCAGUGGCUACAGCACUUGUAAAUGGGAAUAACCUCCUGGGUCCAGUUGUAGGCAACUACUGCAUGAGUUUAGCUCUGAAGAAAGCGCAAGAUGUGGGCAUAGGCUGGGUGGUGGCUUAUGGCUCCAACCAUUAUGGCAUUGCUGGAUAUUAUUCCCUGCAAGCACUGCAAAAGAACAUGAUUGGAAUGUGCUACACUAAUACUUCUCCUCUAGUGGUUCCAACGCGAGGUAAAGAGUGCACACUGGGGACAAACCCUAUUAGUGUAGCAGCUCCUGCUAAGGAUGGUGAUAGCUUUGUGCUGGACAUGGCAACUUCAGCUGUUGCACUUGGAAAGGUGGAGCUUCAUGCACGUAAUGGCCAGUCUAUCCCAGAGGGUUGGGGUUGUGAUGCCAGUGGCCUUCCCACCUCUGACCCAAAUGCAGUAACGUCUGGAGGAGGCCUGGUGCCUGUGGGUGGUAGUGAGAUGACAGGAGGUUAUAAGGGUUAUGGACUGGCACUAAUGGUGGAGGUGUUCUGUGGGAUUCUUGCUGGCUCGGACUACAGCAAAUAUGUACGCACAUGGAGAAUGACUGACCGCCAGGCAAACCUGGGUCAGUGCUUUGUGGCAUUAAGCCCCGCAUUCUUUGCCGAUGGAUUCAAUGAUAGAAUGUCUGAUCUGCUGUCCAUACACAGGAACCUUGAGCCAACGGUGCCAGACAAGCCUGUGAUGGUCCCAGGAGACCCAGAGAGGAGACAUAACCAGACCUGCCGUGAGCUGGAUGGCAUCCCGUACUCCCUGAGUGUGGUCGAGCAUAUGAACAAGGUUGCCAGCUCUUUGGGAGUGACUCCUCUGUUGCCAACCCACAGACUCAUCCAAUAAAAUGGUAGCCUACAGCUCAGGCAGCACAAUUGUGCAUUUCUGGAUCUACACUUGUUGAAUGAAACAUAAUUUUAAUGACUCAGUACUAAGUAAAGACAUCUGCUGUAAAGAGAAGCAGGAUUUUCAUUAAAAAAAUUCCUGAAGCAAA